CCCGCGGAAUGGUUUCCCCGAGCCCGCUCCCUUAAACGAACGAUUCAUCUUCAUGUUGGGCCCACCAACAGUGGAAAGACAUACAAUGCACUUCGUGCCUUGGCUGGUGCUCUCACAGGUGUUUAUGCCGGACCUUUACGUCUACUUGCACACGAGGUAUGGGAGAGGCUGAACAAUGGUUCGAUUACUGCCCCCCCAAAAGACGCGGGGCGCCCCUGCAACUUGCUCACGGGGGAGGAACACAGGAUUGUUGACCCCGCGGCCAGGUUGCUUAGUUGCACCGUCGAAAUGCUUCCCCGAAACGCUGCUUUUGACGUUGCGGUCAUUGAUGAAAUUCAAAUGAUCGCUGACCCUUUUCGAGGCUCAGCAUGGACAUACGCCGUCCUGGGCGUUUGCGCAAAAGAGGUGCACCUUUGUGGGGAAGAUACCGCCGUUGAUCUUAUCCAGAGACUGGCUGUCGAUGCUGGGGAUGAUGUGGUUAUCCAUCGCUACCAAAGACUCACACCCCUUGUUGUCUCUCCGAGUCUUCAUGGGGACUUUUCCAAAGUACAGAAAGGUGACUGCGUCGUGGCGUUUUCUCGAAACAAGAUUUUUCAAACGAAAAGGAAAAUCGAGAAGGAAACGGGAUUGAAAUGCGCAGUUGCCUACGGGCGAUUACCACCAGAAGUACGAAGUGAGCAGGCGCAACAUUUUAAUCAUCUCGAGUCCGUGUUAGAUGUGAUGGUUGCUAGUGAUGCAAUUGGGAUGGGCCUCAAUCUAAAAAUCAGAAGGGUGAUAUUCGCCUCUCUCCAAAAAUGGGAUGGAAAGGACGUUACUUAUUUGACCCUGAGCCAAACAAAACAGAUAGCAGGUCGGGCAGGUCGUUUCGGUCUCCACACGGACGGCUCCAUAGGUGAAGUGACUACGAUGUGGAGCAGCGACCUAGCGAGACUUAAAUUCGCAAUGAAGUCCACAAAUCCCUCCAUCACGCAGGCUUACAUCGAACUGCCAGAAGACAAGCUCGAGGCAUUGUACAAUGCUCUCCCUUCUGGAGGGGGCUUCAGAGGUAUCAACGUAGCUCUAGAGCAUUUAGCGUUACCCAGUCCCAAUUACACCCCCUUACUUCGAGGGAGGGACGAUCACGCUGCAGCAUUUGUGGAUAAAAAGAUGGGCAAUGGAUUCUUUGCAGAAUCCUGUACUUUUCUCAAAGCCCCAGUUCAAUGGCGAGAUCCCCAAUCCCUGGAGAGUAUGAACGAUUACGUAGAUGCAUAUAACGCCAAUAUCCAGGUAGACCUGGAGCCUAUCCUGGACCGUCGUGGGUAUCUUGCCGCCUUACGUACCGCUCAAGGCUUGAAUGCAGAACCAUUGAACAAUACUUCACUUGAACCGCCGUGUAGUCCGGGAACACCUCCAUAUGAUAAUACUCAACUCUCCGAUUCACCAGAUCCUUCUGUGGGUCAAUCAACUCGUAAACAGGAAAGUGACCAAGCCGAAGUGCUUCAAACCCUCGAGGUCAUGCACAAGAGUCUCGUGCUCUAUUUGUGGCUAUCCCAGCGUCUGCCUCUAGCCUUUUCAAACCGAGACAAGGCUCAAAAGUUUAAGGAUGAUGUGGAGGGAGCUAUUGAUGGCUUGCUG